AUGCUUAAUGCUCUUGUCCCUUGGUCAUUGCUGAUUGCCAAUGUUGGAUUGGUUACAGCAGCUGUGGGGCCAAUUGCCAAUACCACCUAUGGACAAGUCAUGGGCGUCCAUUCUCCUUAUCACAACAAUGUCGAUGUCUUCAAAGGCAUCCCCUAUGCUAGUCCUCCGGUGGGCUCCAAGCGGUUCAAGCCCCCUCAGCAGCCCGACGCUUGGGAUGGUGUCCGGAACGCGACAACCUUUGGCCCUCAAUGCGUGCAAGUCAGUUCGUCCGCCUCAAUAUUCACCACCGGCUCUUCUAUAAUGAGCGAGGAUUGUCUGUCGAUCAACAUAUGGACACCCUCAAACGCGACUGUCGAUUCCAAGCUACCUGUGUACUUUUGGAUCUAUGGUGGACGGUAUUUCGAAGGUUCUGGAGAUGUUCCCACGUAUGAUGGAUCUAUCAUGGCAUCAAAAGAUAUCGUUGUGGUGACCUUCAACUACCGUCUGGGUAUCUUGGGGUACUUCGCGCACCCUGAACUAUCUGCCGAAUCUCCGUAUAACAGCUCCGGGAAUUACGGCAUGCUUGACAUGGUCGCCGCAUUAGAGUGGACCCACAACAACAUUGGACAAUUUGGAGGUGAUCCCGACCACAUCACUGUGGGUGGUCAGUCUGCGGGAUCCUGUGGUGCCCUGGACAUGAUGCUGAGCCCGUUGACCGACGGGUUGGGCGUAGUUGGUGUGAUCUCUGAGACAGGCGCCCGCGGCACCCACGAUCCUUCCAUGGCUGGCUCGUCGACUAGCUACCGCCAAAAGGCUGAGGCUGAAGCCUAUGGUGUGACCUUUCUUCAGGAGGAGCUAAACCUUACUACUGUGGAUGAGCUACGUCAAGUCCCAUAUGAAGUCCUAGUCGAAUACUUUCCACUUAAUGGCGACUACUAUGAGAGCACUCCACUGGUUAACAUCAGCGCGUUCAUGGAGCCACCAGUUUGGCGGCCCGUCCUGGAUGGUUACGCCAUGCCCUACAGCUAUUCCGAGAUGUUGAAGCGUAUGGCCCACAAGGAUGUUCCCAUCCUCACCGGGAACAAUGCGGACGAAUCCGGUGCCCAGGUCAGCCAGGACUACACCGUUGCGACCUACUACUCCACCUUUGCCGAGAUGUACGGCAACAUGUCCAGCGAAUUCUUCCGCCUGUUCCCCGCAUCAGGCAGUGUCUCUAAUGUCACCGAGGCAGUGAACGCCAUGUAUCGGUCCCUCAGCCGUGUGGGAACCUGGACAUGGGCCCUUGAUUGGUAUCACGGGGGCGCCCAGAGCAAUGUCUACACUUACUACUGGACCCAUGCGCCCCCAAUCGGCGGUUCCGGAGCUUAUCAUGGCUCUGAGCUGUACUAUGCAUUUGGCGUGAUUCCCUAUGUCAAUACCAGCGCCGCAUGGACUACCGAGGACUAUGCCGUUCAGAAGAAGAUGUCCGCCUACUGGGCUAACUUCAUCAAGACCGGUGAUCCCAACGGGGAGAAUCUCCCUCACUGGGCGCCCAGUGGCAACUCAACUCAGACGAUGUGGCUGGGAGAUUCCUGGGGCAGCGGCGACAUUGCCCCGACUCAGGAACAAGUUCAAUUUAUCUUGGAUUAUUACAAGACAUUGCCUGCCUGGUGA